GGCGUUCCCGCGUCACCCACACACCGCUACGCCCAAUAAUGUGCGUAGCUCACUCGGUACAACUUCAAGCCGCUGCUACUUUUCAGAGUUGAGUGCCGACUUUGUGAGAGGGAAUGUCAAGCGGAGAAACAUUGGUUGGUGAAGCAGACGGGAACGGAGGCAUAAUGGCUCAACAGAAGAACCUGGAGGGCUACGUAGGCUUCGCUAACCUUCCCAACCAGGUUUACCGUAAAUCUGUGAAGCAAGGGUUCGAGUUCUCCCUCAUGGUUGUGGGGGAAUCCGGGCUGGGGAAGUCGACGCUGAUCAACUCCCUCUUUCUGACAGACCUGUACUCCCCUGAAUAUCCGGGGCCUUCACAUAGAAUAAAGAAAACUGUGCAGGUGGAACAAUCAAAGGUGAUGAUAAAGGAGGGAGGAGUUCAUCUUCUUCUCACCAUCGUUGACACCCCGGGCUUCGGCGAUGCGGUCAAUAACAGCGAGUGCUGGCAGCCUGUAAUCAACUACAUCGACAGCAAAUUUGAAGAUUAUCUCAACGCAGAGUCCAGAGUCAACAGAAGGCAGAUGCCGGACAGCAGAGUGCACUGUUGCCUCUACUUCAUUGCACCAUCAGGUCACGGACUGAAGCCACUUGACAGCGAGUUCAUGAAGCGAUUGCACGAGAAAGUUAACAUCAUCCCCUUAAUCGCUAAAGCCGACACAAUGACUCCUGAGGAGUGUCAACAGUUUAAAAGACAGAUCAUGAAAGAAAUACAGGAGCAUAAGAUCAAAAUCUACGAGUUCCCAGAGACCAACGAUGAAGAGGAGAUGAAGAUGGUCAGGAAAAUCAAGGAUCGUUUACCCCUGGCCGUGGUGGGCAGCAACACCAUAAUCGAGGUCAACGGGAAGCGAGUGCGUGGCAGGCAGUACCCCUGGGGUGUCGCCGAAGUGGAGAACGGGGACCACUGUGACUUUACAAUCCUUCGUAACAUGCUUAUCAGGACUCACAUGCAGGACCUCAAGGAUGUGACGAACAAUGUCCAUUACGAGAACUACCGCAGCAGGAAACUUGCUGCAGUAACCUACAACGGUGUGGACAAUAACAAGACCAAGGGACAGCUGACCAAACCUGACACGGCUGACGGCAUGAGUCCUCUGGCUCAGAUGGAAGAGGAGCGACGGGACCACGUGUCCAAGAUGAAGAAGAUGGAGCAGGAAAUGGAACAGGUGUUUGAGAUGAAGGUGAAAGAGAAGCUCCAGAAGCUCAGGGACUCUGAGGCUGAGCUCCAGAGGCGUCAUGAGCAAAUGAAAAAGAACCUGGAGGCCCAGCACAGAGAGCUGGAGGACAAACGCCGCCAACAUGAGGAGGAGAAGCUCAGCUGGGAGGCUCAGCAGAGGAUCCUGGAGCAGCAGAAGCUCGAUGCUUCCAGGACUUUGGAAAAGAACAAAAAGAAGAAGAUAUUUUAACAUCUUCAGAGGACCUCCUCCAUGUGACCUUGUUGAUGUUGUAUUAUUUGCCAACCUGCCAGCCACGAUUGUCCGAACACUUGUCCAUACACUCUGUUAAACGCUGUUCGACCUCAUUACUGUGUAACAAUCAAGAGAAAGCCAGGGGCAGUGUUGUCUGGACUCUGGAUCUCAACAAUCACUGCCCGCUCAUCACUUCUAUAUUUGUAUUGAUUCAGUGUUCAGUCCAGUUUUUGGUCACUGCUCACAAGUUAAAGUAUAAUCACCGAAAUCACAACCAUGACAAAGUGGAGGUCAAAGUUCAGCCACUCUCUCCUCGUUUCUUCUUCUUCUUCUUUGGGAAUGAUGGCGCUGCACUGCUCGGUGCUGCGUCCCUUUGAUGCCAAAAACAAACAGAGGUCAGCCUUUCACUUCAGCAGAGAGAGUGUGAGGCUGAAGCUCCCCUCAGGCACUGUUUUUAUAUAUAUGUGUAUCUUUCAGGUCGUUUAUGUAGUCCUCACAUUUAAUUCCUCCCAUGAUGUUACUCUCUUCCAUCUCCUGUUAUGUAAAUUGUAUACCAUUGAACUGCAGUGUUUAACUCGAAUUGUAACGUUUUCUUACAUUUUGUUCCUUUUCUUUUUGUAUCUGCCGGCAUUGAACUGUGUUCAUUUGUUUCCAGUGUCACAGCUGCUGUUUUCCAGCCCUGCUCUUGGAAACUAAUCUUUGUACCCCUGACUUCACUCACGCUGAGUGUAACAAAGCAAACAUGCUGCUCCUGAAGCGGCUGCUUUUAAAUUUACGCGUGCAGAUUCUGCUUCAAAACGUUGAUCCCACAGAGUCGACUCUUUCCCGGGCAGGAUGUGGAGAGCUGGAUGAUGAUGGAUGGAGAAGCUGGAGCUGAGGAGCUCUAGUCAGACAGCGGUCAGCUUAAUAACUGUACCAAGCUGGCUUUCUUUGCAUCACGUUCAGCACUGCAGGUUUAUUGCAUCUGUUUUUCAAUGUCCAUUUUUAUUGUACAAAGUCACGUAAUAAAAUUGUGAUGGGAAACAC